CGCUCCCUUGUGCGUAUUUGCACCCACGUCGAGGUGCUCUCUUUCCCUCUCUCUAAAACUCUCUCUCUCUCUCUCUCUCUCUCUACCGGUUUUUGUUAUCGCCGGUCGAAGACGUCGUCAGAUUCCGGCGGCUCUUUGAUCCCGGCGAUUACCCAUCAUUCAGUGGGGGGAAAAUUACACCAGAUUGCAGAAUAGCCUCAGAUAGGAACGAAUCUUUGAGUAUAGCCGGAAAAUCGAAGUUUUGGAUUGCUUUUUUCGAGUGGAAUUGACUUGUAAUGUUGCCUUUUCUGGGUAGUGUUUGGUGAGAUUUGAAUUUUGAGCUCAGUUGGAGUUUCAUUUCAUUCCAUUUUUAGCAAUCUUGGAUCGUGAAGAUUCUUGCAAUCGAAAUUUAAUCAAAAACUGUCAUUUUCAGUAUAUUUUCGAUUGAUUUGGUGUCACUUCUGGUCCUCUGCCUCACACUAUUCGGGUGCGGCAUUGAUUGUUGAGACUGGUUUGUUGUACAAUUUGAAUCCGUAAUUAUUGAUUGCUGUGAUCAGAUGUGGUAGAAGACUAAGGUCUGUGUGUGAAUGCAUGGGGCUAGGGUUGAUAUGUGCAGGGUAGAGAGAGAGAGGAGUGAGGAGAGAGAGAGGGAGAGGGAGAGGGAGAGGGAGAGGAGGAGGUGGGGAAUGGGGUUGAAGACUUCAGGAUUGAGUAGAGUUGAGAAGCUGAAGAAUUCGAUAGUUUCACGGUCAAGAAUGAAGCUCUGGAUGAUUAGGGCAACAACGUCAGUGUUGUUAUGGACUUGUUUGGUUCAGCUGACGGCAUUCGGAGAGAUGUGGGGACCUAGGGGUUUGAAGGGUUGGCCUUCCUGUUUUUCCAAGGAUUCGGCUGCUUUGGACGUCAAGUUGUCGCCGGUAGUUCCACCGAGAGUUCUUCCGCCAAAGAGGGUUUAUAAAAACAAUGGAUAUCUCAUGGUUUCAUGCAAUGGAGGGCUUAAUCAAAUGCGGGCAGCGAUCUGCGACAUGGUUGCAAUCGCAAGAUAUCUAAAUGUCACACUCAUAGUUCCUGAGCUUGAUAAAACUUCUUUCUGGGCUGAUCCCAGUGAGUUUCAAGACAUAUUUAAUGUCGAUCAUUUCAUUACAUCCUUGAGAGAUGAGGUUCGGAUAUUGAAAGAGCUGCCUCCUAGGGUCAAGAGGAGAGUGGAGCUAGGCAUGAUUUAUACCAUGCCACCCAUUAGCUGGUCUGACAUAUCAUAUUAUCAUAAUCAGAUACUUCCUCUGAUACAGAAGUACAAAGUUGUGCAUUUAAAUAGAACUGAUGCUCGGCUUGCCAAUAAUGAUCAACCGAUGGAGAUUCAAAAGCUGCGCUGCCGAGUAAAUUUCAAUGCUCUGAGAUUCACUCCUCAGAUAGAGGAGUUGGGUAGAAGAAUCAUUAGGCUUCUAAGGCAAAAUGGUCCCUUCCUAGUACUUCAUCUCAGAUAUGAAAUGGACAUGUUAGCAUUUUCUGGCUGUACUCAGGGCUGCAACACUGAGGAAGCGGAAGAGUUGACAAGAAUGAGAUAUGCUUAUCCUUGGUGGAAAGAGAAAAUAAUAAAUUCCGAGUUGAAAAGGAAAGAUGGUUUAUGCCCUUUGACACCUGAGGAAACUGCUCUUACUCUAAGGGCACUGGACAUUGAUCGCGACAUCCAGAUUUACAUUGCAGCUGGAGAAAUUUAUGGUGGGGAUAGGAGAAUGGCCAGCCUUGCAGCAGAGUAUCCAAGACUGGUCAGGAAGGAGACACUGCUGGUACCAUCAGAUCUUAGGUUUUUCCAAAAUCACUCAUCGCAGAUGGCGGCCCUGGAUUAUCUUGUCUCACUGGAGAGCGAUAUUUUUUUCCCAACAUAUGACGGAAACAUGGCCAAAGUUGUUGAAGGGCAUCGCAGAUACCUUGGGUUCAAGAAGACAAUUCUUUUGGACAGAAAGCUUGUAGUUGAGUUGAUAGACCAAUAUACUAGUGGAUCACUGAGUUGGGAUGAGUUCUCAUCUGCUGUUAAGGAAGCUCAUAUAGAUCGUAUGGGGAACCCUAUCAGCAGGUCGGUGAUCUCAGAUAGACCUAAAGAAGAAGAUUACUUCUAUGCCAACCCAGAGGAGUGUUUACAACCACCAGAUGAACCACUGAGGAGUGAUACAUGAACUUCUGGAGGUGGUUGCUUUUGAUUAUUUCUUUACAAUGCAAUUCUGCAACAGAUUUAGCGAUGCUAGUCCUCAACACAGCGUUAUACGGACGGUAAGGAUUUUGUUCUUAGGAGGCAAUGUUGAAGAUGAUUGGGAUGAGAUACACACUUUGACAAAAGCAUGAGAAGAAAGCAGCUGAGUACAUUAAUGUCGUUAUAUAUUUUAAUAAUCCAAUUCAUGUAUAGAAGCUGCCCUGCCAUUGCAGGGGGGUGAUAUGGAAUCAACUGCAGUGUAAACAGAGGGAUGCGAAUAUAGAUUUGAUUUCCUGAGCUAUGCAUUCAUUAUAUGAUGAUCUUUCAUCCUUCA